UAGAACGUUACAAAACGGCGUGUCAUACAUUUCAGUGAACUAUGACGUCACCGCAGUUAUGUAAGAAAAAUAAAUUCAACGAGGCCUACCAAUCCCACCCCUGCGACAAUUAUUCUUUGGUGCGAGUGAACCGUAUAUAAAAACGCGUGGAUCUGCUGCAAAACAUUUCUUUGGCACACGUCUGCGUUUCAGCUUCAAUUCUGUUAACUGCAAAUUCCAAAAAGUUUUUUCAAAUAUACUUUUUUAGGCUACCUUGUCCAGAAGACCAAAAACUCAAGUAAAAUGUUGUACCCAUUGCUGGCAAUCACAAACAGUAUCUUUAUGAUCGGCCAAUUUGUCAUAAAUGGUCUUAGUGCAUCAGGCCCAGAUGGAACUGUUUUUCAAAAUAGAACUGGAGACAUAUCUGCCAAGUUUGAGACCCCAAUAACACCAGCAGGCUGGACCUUCAGCAUAUGGGGCUUUAUCUAUGCAUGGCAAACACUAUGGGUGAUCUACUCCUUGGUGAAUAUUUGUAGGAAAAGUGGCAGUGGCCCUCUGUACGAGAACCCCAGAUUUCUUCCUUUGUCUAUGCUGGGUGUAUGUAUCAUCAUAUGUUGUGUGAACAUAGCCUGGUUGAUUUCCUUUGAUAGACAAGAGAUUGAAGCAGCCUGCGGUUUACUUAUUGCCUAUGGGUUUUUAAUGUACGGAGCUAUGUAUAUCUCAUAUAAAGCUCUUGAUAAAGCUUCAGCGCAACUUGUGGAGCAGAAGAGAACGGUUGACAUUUGGUUAACAAGAGCUCUGGUUCAUAAUGGUUUAGGUAUCCAAGCAACAUGGGUGACCAUUGCAACUCUGCUCAACGUCUCCAUGGUGAUGAUCUACAGUGGGAACCAAUCAGUGGACCACCAAACCUCGGGGACAAUCGUCUUGGCUAUUUUAUCCGCAGAACUCUCUAUCUAUGCUAUAGCUGAUUUUUUUUUCCUAGAUCGCUACUCUCGUUAUACAAUAACCCCAUACAUGGUUGUUGUCGUUGCUUUAAUUGGGAGCAUAAACAAACAUUAUGAAGACGGGGAACAGAACUCUAUUUUUAAAAUUGUUUUAUUGGCUGUCGCUGGAGCUUUACUGGUCUUAAAGAUAGCUGUCACGAUCUUCAAACAUUUCAGGCGUCCCAGAUAUGUUUCUCACUAUGAGUCUACAAUUAGUGAAAAACCAAUAGCUGGCCAGUAUGCGUAAUUAACUGUGAUCACAAAUAUAAUUAAAUAUAUUAACAUGUCUAGAUAGAAAUUAAUUAGGCAGUGAUAAUUCUAAAACAUCGAUAUGACAGCUAUUUAUGGUCCUGCUGAACGAUUUAUUACAAUGAACCUCACUUUUGAGAUAUCCGAUAGUUUAAAUAAAAUAAAAUUAUGGAUAUGUUUGUGUUCUUUAUUAAUGGCAACUAAAUUAAUGCCCAAUUCCUGAUAUAUGAAUCAAAACAAAUCAACCUCACAUUGAAGUUGUCCACUUUUAUGUAAAUACAAAUCUUUGUAUUAAAUUCCAAACUUAAAAGCUAAAGUUUUUUUAGUUAUUAAACAGCCUUUUUAAAAUUGUUUUAAUUUGAUAUAAUUGAUUUUACACAAUAUGCAUUUUACAAUUUAUAUGUAGUGUUGUAUAUCUUAAUUUUUUCUACCUUUUGUUUUAUCUUUUGUGUUUGUCACUGUUUUGACAAUCUUUUAUAUUUCUGAAUUAAAUUAUUUUCCAAUAA